CAUGGCAGGCUUGUCAAACCGGUGUAGGAGCCUGCAGCGCUGACGCAGCCAGGCACAGAGAAAGAGAGAGGGAGAGGAGUCACCUGUGCUGCCGCCCUCACUGCCUCAUCCUCGGAUUCACUUCGUCACCACUCCUCCACCUCUUGUGUGUCUGCGCUCAUGGAAACAAGGAGCAACUUCGUGUGCAAUUAAAGUGGAUCUAACGAAGAGAAGAGGGGGGGAAAACGUUCAUAGAUUGAGAAACAAGACGGACAGAAACAUCCAUAACUAUGGAAAUGAAUGGUGUCAACAAGACAAGCGAAGGCAUGGAGGGUGAUCCCAAAAUCAAGUUCCUCCUGGACGGCGGGGAUCUUCUCAAAGUGCGGUCCUCAAACUGGAAGAAGACCCGCUACUACAAACUACAGGAGGACUGCAAGACCAUGUGGCAGGAAUCCAAGAAGACCUUCAAGUCAAAACAGACCUUCUCGCUCGAUGAAAUCGCCGCGGUAACCCUUGGCCGACAGUCGGAGGGUUUGAAGAAGUACACGGAGGAGCAGGUGGAGGGCCGCUGCUUUUCCAUCAUGUUUAAGGGUCGUCGCAGGAACCUGGACCUCAUCGCCAGCUCUGAGGAGGAGGCCAGGCAGUGGGUCAACAGCCUGGAGAAACUCAUCACCCACAUGAGCAACCUCAGCCCGCAGCAGAAGACCGAGCAUUGGAUCUUAGCCUGCCUGAGGAAAGCUGAUAAGAACAAAGAUGAAAAGCUGAGUCAGUCAGAACUGAAAAACUUCCUCCGCCUCAUCAACAUCGAAGUGGACGAUGACUACGCAGAAAUGAUCUUCAAGAAAUGCGACAAGUCAAAAUCUGGAUACCUCUCCGGACAGGAGAUUGAACAUUUCUACGACCUGUUGACCCAUCGCGAGGAAAUCAAUGUGAUCUACGGAACCUACGCUAAAACCGCCGGCUUCAUGACCCCCGAAAACCUGGUGGAGUUUCUGAUGAAAGAGCAGAGAGAGAAAGCCACACUGGCAGAGGCUCACAGGAUCAUCGAAAAUCAUGAGCCAGAUGAAAAUGUCAAGGCGAAGAAGCUGCUGUCCAUAGACGGCUUCAUCAUGUACAUGCAUCAUCCAGAGGCCAUGCUCCUAAAUUCAGACCACCAGGAAGUGUACCAGGACAUGAGUCAGCCCCUCAAUCACUACUUCAUCUCCUCCUCGCACAACACCUACCUCAUGGAGGAUCAGCUCAAAGGGCCCAGCAGCACAGAGGCGUACGUCAGAGCUCUGCUGAAGGGCUGCCGCUGUGUCGAGCUGGACUGCUGGGACGGGUCAGACGGUGAGCCACUGAUCUACCACGGCUUCACACUCACUUCUCGGAUCCUCUUCAAAGAUGUCAUCAAAGCCAUCAAGGAGAAUGCAUUUACGACGUCCGAGUACCCUGUGAUCAUCUCCUUGGAGAACCACUGCAGCGUGGAGCAGCAGAAGGUUAUGGCCCACCACAUGAACUCCAUCCUGGGCAGUGCACUCAUCACUGCUCCCCUGGAGGACAAAAUGCCCACAGAUUUCCCAUCUCCUGAGGAAUUAAAAGGGAAGUUCCUUAUCAAAGGGAAGAGGUUAAAUAAACUGGAGGCUUCCUAUAGAGCUGAGGUAGAGGCAGAGUUGACCGACGUGACAGAGGAGGAAGAGUCAAAUGAUGAGGACGAGGAGAAGGAGAAGGAGAAAUCCAAGAAAAAGAAGCUGAAAUUGGCAAAAGAGUUGUCCGACAUGGUGAUCUACUUCAAGAGCGUCCACUUCAACGGCUUUGAGGACGCCAUGAAAAACCUGAGCUUUUACGAGAUGUCGUCCUUCAAGGAGGGAAAGGCCGUGGGGUUUUCAGAGGAGUCAGCAAAUCUCUUCGUCCGUCAUAAUGUGCACAAGGUGAGUCGCAUCUACCCAGCGGGCUCAAGGACCAACUCAUCCAACUACAACCCAGUGCCACUGUGGAACGCCGGCUGCCAACUCGUGGCCCUAAACUUCCAGACGCCCUGCUCAGAGAUGGACGUGAACCAGGGCAGAUUCUUGAUUAACGGGAAGAGUGGCUACGUCCUGAAACCAGCUUUCAUGCGGGACAUAGCCACAGAGUUUGACCCCAUCACACUGACCCGUGGAGACUGGCUGAAGCACAAGAUGCUCCAUGUCAUGAUUAUAUCAGCGCAGCAGCUCCCCAAACUGAACAAGAAGAAGUCCUCUAUCGUGGACCCGAUGGUUACGGUGGAGAUAUACGGCGUGCCGGCAGACGUCGCUAAGAAGGAAACCCAUACUGUUGAAAACAAUGGGUUUAACCCCUCGUGGAAUGAAAGCUUCCAGUUCGACGUGUACGUGCCAGACCUGGCGCUCGUGCGCUUUAUGGUGGAGGACCACGACUCCACGUCUGACAACGAGUUUAUCGGGCAGUACACGCUUCCAUUCAACAGCUUGAAAAUGGGAUACAGACAUGUGCCUCUGCUCAACAAGAAUGGAGACCGCCUCCCUUCAGCUGGACUCUUUGUACACAUAAUGGUCGUAGAUGCUAAGUGAGGAGUCGCAGACCGGAAUGUCGCUCCGCAGGAAACUGGGACCUCCAUUACGCAUCCGUGCCUUAGCUAUUUUUAGUUUGAUUUUAUGAUCUUGUUUUUUUUUGCCCUGUAGUUUCAGUUCCUGACUAACGUAUUGGCUUUGUUUUAGAAAGUUGAACAACUACUGCAAACGUAACACUACAUUCUUCUCAACCAGUCAAAAGUAAAGAUCGUUCAGUAUCUGGAGAUGAGUUUUUCCAGGUGGUGUCUCAGGCUUUAUAUUAUUCCGGAUUAAUGACGAGUUGCACUACAGUUACACAAUGUUUAGUUUGCAAUGGCAUUGAUUCAUUUUUUAAAACUUGCUGCUCAGUUUUUGUUAUGUCUAUUUAAAUCUUUUCAUUCCAAUGACCAUUUUAUAAAUUCUGGAUCAACAAUAGAAUCUCAUGCUUUGUCUUCAUCAGCAAUUUUAGUCAGCAAGUAUGAUUAUUGUUCAUGUAACAUCAUCUACUUAAAUCUUUUUAUAACACAAAA